AUGACUCGGAGGCGCGAUCCCGAUCUGAUCAAAGCCUGCAUCGAGCGAAAUGUAAAGGCUUCGCUAUACGACACAUUGGACGGGUUCCAAUUUGAACGCUCCAUCCUCAUUCGUCCCGCGGAGUCCGCCCGGCCAGUUUAUGCUUCAUCUGACAUGCCGCUUGGUUUCGACCGGUACCGAUUCGAAGUCUAUGGGGGUAUCGCGAAGAUAGUACAGGUCCGGCUGCUCAAGGCGGGCGAGGUACAAGUGCUCUUCCACGGCGGAUGGACCAGUGUCUCGGAGCUCGUCACGAGCCUUCCAAGGCCCUCCACCGAACGAGAUCUCGCGCCGGCCGGACCAUUGACGUUGGCGGAGAAGACAAGCCUGUGGGAUGACCAGUGGUACUGGUGGCGCAAGAACGGCAAAGCGUUCCACUUCGAGCGCUUGCCUGGGGAGAUACGCGAAGCUGUCUAUGGCGAUACCUUUGGCGACCAUAAGGUCACCCCAUACCCAUUCGCUCGAUGUAGGAGAGUCCCAUUCAGCGUUUCAGCAGCUAUCGCUCAGCGCAAUCCCAGCACAGCACUCAUCAGCGGCGUUUCGAAGCAAAUCUCCGAAGAGGCUCGUCAUAUUCUGUUCAGAGACUGCUGCUUCUGCAUCGAGAAGGCAGGACUCCUCGGCAAGCUCUCGUUCAACAAGGCCCUCGCAAGCCGCAUCACACGCCUCGAACUGAGCCUCAGCCAUCUCGGUUACUUUGCCCUUUUCGGCUUCCACAUUAACGACAUCUACGACUUCGAGCCCAACUGGAGGGCCGUCGGAACCCUCCGCGAAAUGGAGCUAAAGGAGCUCCGCUUGCACAUCCACCGCCCGCAGCGAGCGAGCCCCCACACCCUGACCGACUACGCGUGCCAGAAGAUUGCAUGCGACUGGAUCUUCGAGGCCGCGUUUGACUGGAUCAAGGGCCAUCCCGUCGAGCUCACGGGCUGGAUCAAGACCCGACAGAAGCAAGCGUUCGAGGCGAAGCUCGCGGAGGCCCGCGCCGAGUAUCUCGCAUGGUGCGGCGAGUGGAGUGGGUAUUCGGAAACCACGCUCGUCGAGUGGGACGAGUACGAGUACCAGGAAGAUGGCGGCGUCAUGGUCGAUGGGCGCCAGAAGGCCGAGCUGACAGAGAGCAAAUGGCCGCGCGUUCGCCGUGUCGAGCGAGACGAUCCUAUCUGCUUCUGUGCAGUGUCUUGCGAUAUGGAGAAUUGGACGGCUGAUGAUUGA